AUGAGUGACGAUAUUCUCAAGAUCAAGCAGCAAAUUAAAGAUUGGGAGCAUGGGUUCAAGGGGCAGAAUGGUAGACUACCGACGAAACUGGAUAUCCACGAUAAUCCCAGUAUCAAAGCAUUGUACUCAAGGUACAGAUCCAUCAAACUGAAUAAACAACCUGUAACAACAAAAGCUGAAAUGACUUCGAAAGAUGAUGAGAAUGACAAGGAGAACUUGCUUCCGACGCCAAAUGGAGAGUUGGGCCCCACACCACAGGCAAAUGGGAGGGUGUUAUCGAUAUUCGACUUUAAAUUGACUCCACCUGAAUCAUCGCCUUUGAAAAACAAGUCAGUGGAUCCGCCUGAAGUUGAAAAUGACUUCGACUCGAUUCCGCUAGACUCCACUCCUGUCAGAACAAAGAGAAGAUUGUCCUUUUCGACGCCAACAAGGGCUUCAGCUGACAGCACGCCAACCACGAUCACAAAGAAACUUCAGCUAGCGGCGGAAACACCACGAUAUCUCAAAUCGACGACGACCCCUACUUUUAAUAGGAAUGUUGCUGCAAACUUUCUGAUAUCGCCUUCACCCUUGAAGCCAAAUAGGUUAGGCAGAAAAUUAAUGGAUGUGUACAAUAUGUCGAUACAAGAAAUAGAUGAGCCAAUGCCAGAAGAGUUGAUAGAUUUGCAGGAGGCAGGGGAGGCGGAGGAAGCAGAGGGAACCGAGUCGGCAUCAACUGAGGGCGAACCUAUUGUGAGAAGAAAAACGCAGAAGCGGCAAACAAGAAGAUCCAAAAUGGCACCUAGGCCUGUCAUGGAGAUGGACUCCUUGGAUAAAGUGGACGUCCAGCAGAAGAUGGUCAAUUUGGAAGAAAAAGAAAGGCAUGCCCUUGCUGCUUAUAUGAACUCUGACAGUGAGUCUGAGUCUGAUGCAUCAAAGGCAGACAACACACAAGGAAGUCCUGUUAAGAGGACCAGGAAACCAAUUGCUCAAAACUACAAGAGACUCAAGAUAAAUGAUCCAAGGUCACGACGCUUUAAGCAGAGGAUGAGAAGAUAA